CCGCUUCCGGCGCGAUCCCACAAGCUCCGCGGCGAGGCGGGCGGAGAACCAGGGCCGGGGGUCGGCGGCCACGGUGCGGGAGGACUCGCUGCUGACCUCGGCGCCGUCGCCAUGGGCAAGAAGCACAAGAAGCAUAAGGCCGAGUGGCGCUCGUCGUACGAGGACUAUGCAGACAAGCCUUUGGAGAAGCCCCUGAAGCUGGUGCUCAAGGUUGGAGGAAGUGAAGUGACAGAGCUCUCAGGGUCCGGCCACGACUCCAGUUACUACGAUGACAGGUCAGACCACGAGCGAGAGAGGCACAAGGAGAAGAAGAAGAAGAAAAAGAAAAAGUCAGAGAAGGAGAAGCACCUUGACGAUGAAGAAAGAAGGAAGCGAAAGGAAGAGAAGAAGCGGAAGCGGGAAAAGGAACACUGUGACACAGAGGGAGAGGCGGACGACUUUGAUCCGGGGAAGAAGGUGGAGGUGGAGCCGCCCCCCGACCGGCCUGUCCGAGCGUGCCGGACACAGCCAGCUGAAAAUGAGAGCACGCCUAUUCAGCAACUACUAGAGCAUUUCCUCCGCCAGCUCCAGAGAAAAGAUCCUCAUGGAUUUUUUGCUUUUCCUGUCACGGAUGCAAUCGCCCCUGGAUACUCAAUGAUCAUCAAGCACCCGAUGGAUUUUGGCACAAUGAGAGACAAAAUUGUAGCUAAUGAAUACAAGUCAGUCACGGAAUUUAAGGCAGAUUUCAAACUGAUGUGUGAUAAUGCAAUGACGUACAACAGACCCGACACCGUGUACUACAAGUUAGCUAAGAAGAUCCUCCACGCGGGCUUUAAGAUGAUGAGCAAAGAGCGGCUGUUAGCUUUGAAGCGCAGCAUGUCGUUUAUGCAGGACAUGGAUUUUUCUCAGCAGGCAGCUCUUUUGGGCAACGAAGAUACAGCCGUCGAGGAGCCUGUUCCUGAAGUUGUGCCCGUACAAGUAGAAACUGCUAAGAAGUCCAAAAGGCCGAGUGGAGAGGUCAUCAGCUGCAUGUUCGAGCCGGAAGGAAACGCCUGCAGCCUGACCGACAGCACCGCGGAGGAGCACGUCCUGGCCUUGGUGGAGCACGCGGCCGACGAGGCCCGGGACAGGAUCAACCGGCUGGUCCCCGGUGGCAAGAUGGGCUACCUGAAGAAGAACGGGGACGGGAGCCUGCUCUACAGCGUGGUCAACACGGCCGAGCCGGACGCAGACGAGGAGGAGACGCACCCGGUGGACCUGAGCGCGCUGUCCAGCAAGCUGCUGCCCGGCUUCACCGCGCUGGGCUUCAGGGAGGAGCGGAGGAGCAGAGUCACCUUCCUGUCCGGUGCCAGCAGUGCCCUGUCCACGCGCAACAACUCGGUGUUCGGCGACUUGACGUGCGACGAGGUGGAGCUGCUGUACGCGGCCUACGGAGACGAGACGGGUGUGCAGUGCGCGCUGAGCCUGCAGGAGUUUGUGAAGGAUGCCGGGAGCUACAGCAAGAAGCUGGUGGAUGACCUCCUGGACCAGAUCACGGGCGGGGACCACUCACGGAUGCUCUUCCAGCUGAGGCAGAGGAGAAGCAUUCCGACGAAGCCUCUGGAUGAAGUAAAGGCGGGGGACCCUCUCGGGGAUGGUGGCCCCGCCCUGGACUUCAUGGCCAUGAAGUCCUACUCGGACGUCUCUCUGGACAUCUCCGUGCUCGGCUGUCUGGGGAAAGUGAAGAAGGAGCUGGACCACGACGACGGCCACCUGAGCCUGGACGAGACCACGAAGCUCCUUCAGGACCUGCAGGAGGCGCAGGCAGAGCGUGGGGGCUCCCGGCCGUCCUCCAACCUCAGCUCCCUGUCCAACGCCUCUGACAGGGACCAGCGCCACCUGGGAAGCCCUUCUCGCCUCAGUGCUGGGGAGCAGCCCGAGGGGACCCACGACCCGUACGAGUUUCUUCAGUCCCCAGAGCCCGCAGCCUCCACAAAGAGCUAGCCCUGUAGGUGGCCUUUGGUUGUUUCUUAUUUUGUAAGCUUUUAUUGCAUGUACAGAGUUUUUGUCAUGAGACGAAGACUUUCAUUUUGUCCCCUUUGGCGUGCGGGAAGCAGCCCCGGGAGGUGGUGACUCGUCUGUCUUCGUGUUAGCCGCGCUGGGACGCAGCGUUUCUGUGAGUGGUCCUGUGCGUCCUGAAGAGCUGGAGAUCACUCGUAAAGGGUGUGCGACCAGAUGCUGGGCAGCUGCUGUGGUCUGUCUCUGAGCUUCUCGGUGGCGGUGAAGUCCUCCUCUGUGCCUGUGUGGACGCACCUGUCUGCCCCGCGUCCUCUGGGAGAAGCCCUUGGGAGGCAGACGUGGGUGCGUCUGUCUCUGUUCCCUGCGGCAUCCUACGCGUUCCCGCCCCGCCCGUGCCCCACGUCCCCACGUUUCCCAGGCGGGUCACGGCGGGGGCCGCGUCGGGGCUAGGAGUGAGGGCAGCGUCCCCGUUCUCUGAGCCUUGUGCUGAGAGGGGCGCCCCCUGCUGACAGCUGGCCUGUCCUGCUGGCCGUGGUGAAGGGUUAAGUGUCCGAAAACGCUCUUUGUUCUGGAUGUGUUUACUGGAAGCCUGUUUGUAUUUGCAGAAUGUAAAUACAGGUCUUAAUAAAAAGAUACACAAAGGGUGUCA